AUGGACCCGCAACGUCUCGCCUUCCGACGCACCAAGAAGCAAUCCCUCCAGAUCGUCGUCUGCGAUACCCUCAACGUCUCUAGCAUGGACAGCCUGUUUGCCAUCUUGCAACAACCAGCAUCCACCUUCGUCCAGGUCAACCCGGGCAAGUUCGUCCAGUUCACGCCAGCCUCGCUCUGCCCCGUGUGCCUCAACCUGGAUCCCUUCCAGGUCCCGCCCCAACAUAACCGCGAGCGCAGGGACCGGCCUUGGGCGAGAUUCGAGUUCAAAGUCCCGCACGAUACGCCCGUGGUGCAUUUCCAGAUCGACAAGGGAACCGGUCUGGUGGAAUCGAGCCAGGUACUCGGUGUCGCUUCCGACAACUUUCCCCAUGCCGGAUCUUACGAAUCCUUCCACUUCAUGAAAGAACAGGUCGAGAAUUGCAUGGAAAACCACCAGUGCUCGCUCGCCGCACUCCUCACGCGCCUUCUAUAUCGAGUCAUCUGGCUCAAAUUACCUCACACUGCGAGUGGGACUCAGCUCAUUGAGCCUCAAGGAUCCGUUCAGGUCCCAUACAUUGCAUUAAGCUACUGCUGGGGCCCCGUGCCCCCGGCAACCUUCCUCACCAACGAAGACAUCUUAGCCGUGCGUAAGGCUGGCAUUGACUACCACGACCUCCCGCCACUCUUCCAAGACGACGUCACCAUAUCCCGCGGUCUCAGCUUCCAGUAUCUCUGGAUCGACCGCACCCAAGAUGGGCGACAUCUACGGCGACGCCACCAUAACUCAUGCCUCGCUUCCGCAACAACCGAAAACGACUGCAUCCUCACUCCCCGCGACGCCAAAUGGGAGCCCAUGACUCUUGAGAUCAGCGCCAACAAUCUCAGAAAGCUCCGAUUCUCCAUGCGCCAUCGCUCGCAUCGUCUCGGAUCCGAGUCUCGGGGCGGCGGCUACGAGCGCAUGCUCUCGACGCGCACCAACUUCACCCAGUCAGCGCUCAAGUUCGGGUGUGAUGCCCACCCGGUCUGGGAAGGGUUCGGGCCGGGAGUGACGGGCCACUCGUGGGGCGCGCAGCUCGAGAACAUCACGCACCAGCGUGGUAUCACCAAUGCCGCCGAUCGGCGGCCGGCGAUGGAUGCUGUCACGACGCGUAUCAUGCGCAUCAAAGGCUGGAAGUCCAUCCGGGAGCAUGCCCUGAUUGAGGACCCGUGCUGGGUGGCCGAUGCAACGUCCGACAGGCUGAAGGUGCCGUGCAAAAUGCACGACGACUUCUACGCGCCGACUUGGAGCUGGUUAGAGUUAUCAAACCCGUUUCAUUCUCCCAUGCCCGAGUUGCAGGCCAAGGACUUCAAUUGCCAGCUGGCUGUUCUCACUGUCGAAGGCCGCGUCAUCACACGCGAGAUGAACUGCGAGGUGAAAGAGAAGGAGGACGCUCCAGAGGAGCCUGGUGGGGAGAAAUCUUUGAUCUCUGCAUACUUCAUGCUCGGGCUGGAGGUGACGGGCCCAAUGCCCAUGACCGCUGAUGUCAACCUGAAGCCUUGGACGGGCCUAGUUCAUGGCCAACCCUACUCGACUGUCUUUCAAUCCCCGUACAGCGAGAGGACCUCGUGGAUCAGCAAUCGUCUGUGUCUCUUGGAAGCAGGCAGAAGCUGA